GAGGAGGAGUCUGGCCCCAGCCGGCGUCACGGGUCCGGGCAGGGCUGGACGGGGCGGGGUCCGGCCGGGCCGGAGCAGAAGAAAGUUGGCCGGACGGGGCGGCUGGCCGGGCCCGCGGAGAUGGAGGUGCCGGCGGUGAACCUCAAGGCCAUCAUCCUGGCGCACUGGCUGCUUUCAACGUGGGGCUACAUGGCACUGUGGCUGCCACCGUCUUAUGCUUGGGGAAAUUUCACCAUUCUGGCCGUGGGGGUCUGGGCCGUUGCCCAGAGGGACUCUGUCGAUGCCAUCCUCAUGUUCCUCGCCGGCCUCCUGCUGACCAUCCUGACGGACAUCGUGCACAUCAGCCUGAGUUAUCCAAACCACCUGUCGGAUGUUCUACGCUUCAGCACCGGCAUGGCCAUCUUCAGUCUACUCCUGAAGCCGCUGUCCUGCUUCUUCGCCUACCAGAUGUACCGGGAGCGUGGGGGAGAGUACGCCAUCAACUUAGGUGUUCUUGGGGUGGCCUCGGAGCACAGUGCGUACCAGUCCAUUGACCACGCGGAGCCGCCACGCCCCUUUCCAGACGUGACCAGCAAAAUGACCCCACCCCACCCCUACUGAGAUGCCGUCCUUCCUUGGUUGGGUCUCUGGCCUGCAUUAUUUUUCGUCCUGUGCCCUUUACUUGCUGCAUUUGGGAAUAAACUUUCGCACUCCCUUACCGCUUGUUUCUCCUCUAGAGGAAAUGCAGUCACCUGUACAGAAGACAACUGGACUUUCCUACAUUUCUUUUCUCCUCUCAGGAGAGCUGAGGGGGUGGGGGGAAGGGGGUUUGGCUCUUCCCGAACUUCCUGCUGCAUUUCCUGAGCCAUUGAGCUGAGGCUUCUCUGCUCUCCUGUGGAGCGUCCCACGUACAGCUCCAAGAGCCACGUUUGUGCCUCCCUGCCGUGGAGUACCAAGGGUCGCUUCAGCCGUGUUGUUGGCAACCAGCCCCAGAAAUGUGAAGAAGAAGAAGAAGUCCAGUCUAAGGAGAGAUCUUGUGUGGUUGUCGGUGGGGGGGGGGGGGGAAGCCCCCUAAGAAAGCCCUGUUUGGGGUGGGGGGAGCGUCGAGGGAGGGACAGGGCCUCCACCCAGCGCCACUUUGGGAUAAUGAAGGAUGCAUUUUCUAAUGCCUGCUGGGGGAAGGCGGUUUGACUGGUUACAGAUUGUUGUGCCUGAAACCCCUCAUUUUGCACCUGGAUUUCUAAAGAGAAUUAAAAGUUUUUUUUAAAAAUAAAAAAAAUCUGGAACUUUC